AUGGCUGCCAGUGCUCGAAGUGCUCUAAGUUUUCUUUCAAUUUAUGUGCUCCAGUAUGUUUGGUUUGCUUUAAGAACCACUCAGGAUCAUUCGUUAAACGAUAUGCUUUCUCCUGUGGUUCUACGAAUUAGGAUUCCUGAUCGUGAUGUCAAUUUCUUGGCCGUUCGAUUUCAGCGCGGUUUAACACGAUUGUUGCUUACCCCGAACGGUCAUCACAAACUACGAGUUGCUGCUAUAAAUUGGGGGAAGCGUGGAAAUACGACUCUUGCUGUUCCUGGUCAUGAUCCUCCAGUUGAGAUCACUAUUUUUAUUGAUGUUGAAAUUAAUCCGGGACCAGAUUCAAGUCAGUAUGAUUAUGGUGAGCGAUCUAAUGUUGAGUAUCACUUGAUGGCUGACUUGUCAAGAUCAACGUUAACUUUACAGUAUUCUCGUCAUCAACUACUGGAAUAUCAACAGAAUUACUGUUUCCCUACGUUUACAACCCUCUUUAUUCUCAAGCAAUGCGGCAUUUUUUAAAUUUAGAGGUCGAAGAGGAGGUCGGAAUCGAAGAAUCUAACGCUAUGGAAAUUUAUCCUUCCCUUUUCGUUCACGCCCGUUGUCUUGCCGAGGUGUGA